AUGAUCGCCGCCACCAAUGUCUUCCUCUUCCAUCUAACCCUCUCCGUCCUCUACAUCGCCUCCACCUUCCCGAAACCCGACCCGCCCAUCAAAAUCACGAACCUCGUAGUUUACGUCCACAACUACUUCACCGGCGCCGACGCCUCCUCAAUCACCGUCGCCGGCAAACAGAACCCUACCGCCGAUGCUGCCGGCGGCUUCAACAUCCUCCAAUUCGGGACAAUCGCAGUCGUGGACGAUCCCGUGACGGAGGGGCCCACGGCAGAGUCUAAGGAAAUCGGCAGGGCACAGGGGUCUUACAUAAAUUCCCAAUUCGACGGGAAGGGAUUGUACUUGUUCUUUUCGGUGAUUUUCACCGGCGGCCAGUACGCCGGGAGCACGCUGGAGAUCCAAGGGUCGGAUAUUUUCGUGAGGAAGGAGAGGGAAUUUGGGAUUGUUUCAGGGACGGGGUUUUUCAGGUUCGUGGAAGGGUUUGGGAUUAUGGAGACGGCGUUUAUAGAUGUGGCUAAUCUCAGAGCGGUCCUCAAGCUUAAUCUGACUGUAAAACAAUUUUAA